UAUAUUCACAGAAGAUUCAGAGCAUUCUCGUUCCUUCUCAAUCUUCCCAGUCUCACUCUAAUCUUCCUAUCUUCAACUCCCGCCAAACUAUUUUCAUUUUCAGUUUCACCUUUUACUUCUCUUCUUUCCUCUUUUGUGACAAAAACUGGAUCCAAUGGAUUAAGGUUUUACCAACAGCAAACAUCAGCAGAAACAUCAGGCAACAUCAUUUAACAUCAUCAGCCAAACAUCUUGAAGAGAAUCAAUUUGACAACAAUUUAACUACAAUCCAAGUGAACCUACAUGCCUAAGUAACAAGUAACCUCAACCCAUCAGCCAACCACCAAGUUAACCAUUUGAAAAUUGCUCUUCAAUUACAAUGAAAAUUGAUUCAACCAGUUGAAUCAAGAGCAACUAAAAUGGAUGAAAAACAAGAAAACGAUUUGAAAACAUUAAAUGAUUAACAUCGGCAAAGAGAAACAUUUCCCUAUGAUUAAGCCAUCCAAGGUGUAAGGUAAAAACCAGGGCUUACUAGGCUUUCUUCCUCUGUCAUUAUCUUCAUCAUUAUCAUCAUUAUUAUUGUCUGUAUCAUCAUCAUCAUCAUCUUUAUCGUUCACAUCAUCGUUGUUACCGUUGUUACCAUAAUCAUCAUCAACAACGACAUCAACCAUCAAACCAACAAAGCCAAUUUCAACAUUAUUUCAACUCUUUUUUUGCCUGCUUUUUGUUUCUGGUUUACUUUCAUUGAUGAUGAUCAUUUCAAGGAUUAAAAGUGCUCUAAUAAUGGAUAAAAGUUUUGUAAAAAUGAUCAAGUGUAAAAGCCGUUUUACCAUCGGAAAGUUGACAACCAGCUAAGUGUAUGCAAUUGAACAAAAAUGUGAUUCAUAAAUUGUCUUUACUUUUGUUCACUGUUUUCAUUUUCACUUGUUUGUGCCUAACAACAAUUUAAAUUAUUGCUAUUAUGGUAAACUUGAAUCAAGAAAGGAUAUUAUUUAUUAGCCCAAAAUGAACACCAAAAGCCAAGGGAUAACCCAUAAAAGUAUCAACAGUUACCCAAGUCAACCCAAUCACACUAGCCUUAAACUAAAUGCCUUAAAUGUUAAUAUCGCAUGUUAAAAGUGACAUUUUAAAUUGUAAAUAAAUUCAAUUGUGAAAAUUGGAUUCACAAUUGAAACUUGAAACGAACAAAAAGCUUUUUUUGUUUCUUAAAGAAAAGAUAAAAAAUUGACUCGUUUUUUGGCUGAGCAUUGGAAAGUUGAAAGCCGAGCCAAUGUUAUUUGGUCGUAUGCAUUCCGAACCUGAAAGGCCUGAGCCAACAGUUGGUUUGGAUUCCUUGGAACCUCCUGUUGAUGCCACUCUUCAGCCCAGUUACCGUUCGUGUCCUGAAAUUGGUCCACAAAUAACAAUUAAAUCAUGUGAUGAACCCGAUGAGAAAGAGUUGCAAUUGAUUCGUGAUCAUUCCUGUGUCACUCAUCGACGUCGAUCCAAUGCAACAACUGCCUGCUGUAGAGGUCACAAUGUGGUCAAUACAAACAUAGCUCCACCAUUUGGAGUAAUAGGAUCCAAAGUGAGGCAUCAUCUUUGGCCAUCUCAUGCGCGUUUGGGUCUCUCUCGUCUUGAUCAUAGUUUCUUGACACGGACUAUUUCUCGUGAGAGUGUGCGCCUAUCAAGUCAGGCUUUGAAUUGCUGUUGUGAGGCAUCAACACCAUUGUUUCACUGUUCACACUUGCAGCCAAAUUCAAGUUGUCAACAACAACAAAAGCAGACUUCAUCUUCAUCCCAUCAUACGGGAUAUGCUGUUGGAUCAACCGUUGCAACUAGUGGUCCUUACGGUGCAUGCUGUGUCUCUGUCAACACUGGCCAUCAUCAUCAUCACACUCAUCACAACUGUGCUCACACUUGUACCAACACUAACCACUAUCACCUGGGUACAUCGACUGGAGUCACAGGCGGAGGAGGAGGAACGAGUAACUUUAUUGCUUCCAUUCCUCCCUACCUGGCAACAAGUGGUACUGGACCAACUGGUCCCACCUAUGGUACUAAUGUUAGCUUUACUGGACAUGGUUCCAAUUGUCCCUACAAUCCGGCCACUCGAGCCUCGCUCACAGGAAUUACAUCUUCAGUUUAUCGAAUGGUUGACAAUGAGAUUGCCGAGAUUGCAGCAGAUUCACUUCGGGUCAACGGAGCGUUUCCCGGCUUCCGAAAUUUACGUAAACCAGUUACUUCUUCAACUCUUUCCAUUCCAUCGGCAAUGAAAAACGCAACCCACAACUCGUCACAUCAACCAGCCAACUCUCAACACAGAACCAGUGUGGUUGAUGGAAUAGGUGAUCACUCUAUAGGUGUAGUGUCUGACCUAAUUGCGGGAACACUUGGUGUAACCAAUAAAGACGGAUUUUUAAGCAUAACAACGGAAAAUCCAGCGCCAGGACCAGUUACAAAUCAGCGUUCAUUUGCCUCCAAUUCAGUUGACAGUGACAAGAAGCGUCCACACAAUCCCAGUAUAACUGGACAAGGUGGAGGUGCUGGCAGUGUAAGUGCAGGCGGUGGUGGUCCAACUGGUUUCCACAGGCCAAAUGUGGGCUACCGUUUAGGCCGAAGAAAAGCUUUGUUUGAAAAGCGAAAAAGAAUCAGUGAUUAUGCUCUAGUAAUGGCUCUUUUCGGUAUAAUUGUCAUGGUCAUUGAAAAUGAACUUUCAUCAGCCGCAGUCUACACAAAGGCUUCAGUCUUUUCAACGGCCUUAAAGACUCUUAUUACUGUUUCAACCUUGAUGCUUGUUGGCUUGAUCGUGGCUUAUCAUGCACUAGAAGUCCAGCAGUUAUUUAUGAUUGAUAAUUGUGCUGAUGAUUGGAGGAUUGCAAUGACUUGUCAACGAAUGAGUAGUAUAAUGAUUGAACUGUUGAUAUGUGCCGUUCACCCGAUUCCAGGUGAAUACUUUUUCUCCUGGCGAACAAAACUUUCCAAUCAAAACCGUCAACCGCUCACUGUUCUGGUUCCUUUGGAUGUUAUCUUAUCUCUUCCCAUGUUUCUACGUCUUUACCUAAUUUGCCGAGUAAUGUUGCUGCACAGUAAACUGUUUACCGAUGCCUCAUCAAGGUCCAUUGGUGCAAUUCAAAAAAUCGACUUUAACACUCGUUUUGUCCUUAAAACACUAAUGACCAUUUGUCCAGGUACAGUUUUAAUGGUUUUCAUGGUUUCUCUUUGGAUUAUUGGAAGUUGGACAAUGAGACUUUGUGAAAGGAACCAUGAUAAAGAACACGCCAAUCUAUUGAAUACUAUGUGGUUAACAGCGAUUACAUUUUUGUCUGUUGGUUAUGGUGAUAUUGUACCAAAUACUUACUGUGGUCGAGGAAUUGCUGUAACAACUGGUUUAAUGGGCGCCGGUUGUACAGCAUUGGUUGUUGCUGUGAUUGCUAGAAAGCUGGAAUUGACUCGAGCUGAGAAGCGUGUUCAUAAUUUCAUGAUGGAAACUCAAUUAAAUAAAAGGUUAAAAAAUUCUGCUGCCAAUGUAUUGCGAGAAACUUGGCUGAUUUACAAAAAUUCCAAGCUUGUCCAGAAAGUCAGCCCAUCCAGAAUCAGAAACCAUCAAAGAAAAUUUCUUCUGGCCAUUUACAGCUUGAGAAAGGUUAAAAUGGACCUAGUAAAGUUAAACGAUAAUACAAAUACUAUAUCUGAUAUCGCUAAGAUUCAAACUGAAGUUCGUGAUAUAGUCUUGGAUAUGAACUCACGUCAAGAAAUUUUGGAGGAACGUAUAGUUGUUCUUGAAGAGAGGCUUGGUACUCUUCAAGAACAGUUAGAAUCACUUCCAGUGGCCUUAAGUCGAAUUAUCGAGCAAACAUUAGUCCCUUCUAUUCAACAAACAAUAUUUCGUUUGUCACACCAAGGCCUUACUCACACCCAGAAUGAGCCAACAUCAGGUAAUGCUGUUAACGGGAUCAAUAUAACAACGCUACACUCACAGCCUUCAGGAACCACUACUUCAAAUUCAUCGAGACAUAAUUAUCUUCAUCCUAAUGAUGCGGCAUCUCUUGUAAACCGACCUUCAUGGUCAUCAACAAGCCAUAAUACUGGAGGAACCAACACCAGACAGUCAUUGGCUCCAUCGAUCCCAAAACCAAGCUCAUUUGAUAGAUGAAUACAUUUUAAAGAAACAUUUAUUGUAAUUCAAAUUUUUAACUCUUUUAUUAUUAUUGUAUAUAAAAAUGAUUCAAUUAUGAAUAAUUAGUUUUAAAUUUUUAA